UCUCUUACAUAUCCGGUAGUUACUAUCUCUUCUCAAUUGAUGCAGUUACAUAUCUGAGACGCGAACACCAUAUCUGUGGCGUUCUGAUUGGAACCCUCCCGCAAAUCCCGCAACAAAAUGUCUUCCUGGCCAUGCCCCUGCAGUUGAUGCCAGAAGAGGCACGGCUGCUGGUGGACAAGGGUGUAGCUUGCAUUGUAGACGAGGUAAAGGCACACAAGGACGGCAUGACUUCCAUCAUGGAGGAGGAUCGGAAACGGUAUCUCCAGGAUUUAGAAGCUGAAGGGCUGCAGGCCAUGCGACUGCAGAACCGCCGCAAAGAGCAACUGCGGGAAGAAGCUUUAAAAAAUCUAGAUGCGAAGAAGGCGGCCAAGACGUCUAAGAAAUCUGCGCAGAAGCAAGUUGUUGCGGAUAAUGCUGCCGGUGAUGAUCCCGCACUGGAGCUGUUCGCGGGUGGUGAACAGGCCCAAGAUGCCGGUCCGCAACGCCCGACUCCGUCUGAAACAGCGAUGGCUGUCACUCCUUCGACGUCGUACCCGCCGAUGCCAUCUAGACCUGCAUCUGAUCAGAUCCUGCCGUCACCUGAAGUCCCGUCCUCUUAUCCUCUGUUCGCGCAUCUGCACUCCAAGGGCUAUUUCCUUUCGCCUGGACUCCGGUUCGGAUGUCAGUAUCUCGCAUAUCCGGGUGAUCCGCUACGGUUCCACUCUCACUUCCUGGUUGUGUCUGCUGAAUGGGAUGAAGAAAUCAACUUAAUGGACAUCAUUGCUGGCGGUCGACUGGGCACUGGUGUGAAGAAGGGAUUCCUCGUUGGCGGAGCUGAACAGACUGGUCCUGGUUCCGAGGAUAGUGUCAGGACGUUCAGUGUUGAGUGGGCGGGAAUGUGAUGCUAUGCUUUUCUGCUCAUAGAUUCUCAACAUAUCUGCUUAUUGCAGCAAUACGCCGCGGCCAUUCCCAAGUCGCACUCGAGGCUAUGCGCUUGUGAAAAUGUUCUAGCGCGAUUGAUUUGUGGGGAUGGACUACUUCGUUAACCAUCUAUUACGCCGGAUGGGCUCGCGCUUGGGCAAGCACAAACAGGAUGAAUGUUCAACAUCAUCAGUACCGGAAGACGACGCAACUCGCAUAAGAGCUAAACAAUGUCGUCGAGAUGCAAGUUACUGCAAAUCCAUGAAAUUAGAUACCCGUGAAUGAC